AUGCCCUUGCAUGAGAAUGCAUACAAGUCAACGGCGAAGCCUGAUACCUUGACCUAUAAGGAGCAAGGGCGGAGUGACCCCGAGAAGGAAACACGCUGGUCGAAUCCCAGUCCAGUAGUGAGCAUCCUUGGGAUUUUGGACAAGAACAUAUUUACAGAGAUGCCCGAUCUUGGUCAUAUGGAAAACCAACUUCACCUCAGCCUUGCCCACAAUAACAUCUACAUGUUAAAUGGGACAGUGAUAUCAAGGCUCCCAGGACUGGAGCAUCUGGACCUGUCUCACAACAAGAUCAUUGACAUCUUUUUUGGUGCUCUGCCACUAUGCCCCAAAUUGAAAUCUCUGAUCCUCAGUAACAAUGACAUUGUAAGCAUUGAGCCAGGGUCCCUGGGGAAUGUGACAGCUUUGGAGGACCUGCGGAUGAGCAAGAACUCCAUAAAGUCACUUCCUAAGCGUCUCUUUCAAAAUCUCACAAAUCUGAUCCAGCUGGACCUGAAUCGCAAUGAUGUGAAUGUCAUAGAAGGCCUUCAGUUUGAGGGUCUCAAUUCUCUGCGAGUGCUCAAGCUGCGAAAAAACCAUAUCUCCAUCCUUGAGGAUGGUGCUUUCUUUGGACUGCUCAAGAUUGAACAGCUGCAUUUGGAUUGGAAUGAGGUUAGGAGGGUGAGAAAGGGUUGGCUGUUUGGUCUGGAAUCUUUGGAGGUCCUCUCACUUUCACACAAUCAGGUUGAACUGAUAGAGGAUGGGGCCUGGGAUAAGUGCCACAGUCUUGUCUCUCUGGACUUAAGCCACAACAGACUUGAGGAAAUCACUCAAGGGAUGUUCAGUCAGCUGGGAAAGCUGGAAACACUCAAUCUUGAGGGGAACCAAAUCCACUCCAUUCAGGAUGCUGCAUUCAGGCCUCUGUCACAGCUCCUCACCCUGUCAGUAUUCUUUUGUCUGCUACAUUCCUCACAAGAACUGCAUUUGUUCCAUCAUCUGACUGGAAAUUUACUUCCUUGCAGAGACUUGCAUGAGAAUAAUCUGUCUUGGACCAUUGAGGACUCAUCAGGUGCAUUCCAGGGACUUGGUAAACUCACCAAGCUGGGCUUGCAGAGUAACAACAUCAUGUCUGUGGCUGAGAAAGCCUUUUCAGGCCUUAGAAGCCUCCGAAAAUUGGAUCUCCUUGGCAACAGUAUCAAUACCAUAGAAGAAAACCCUUUUUCACCCAUGAAGGGAUUGGCUGAGUUGAAUCUGAAUACAUCAUCCAUGAUUUGUGACUGUAAAGCAGCCUGGCUUCCAAGCUGGCUCUCACGCAUGGGACUGGGUUCUACUGUUGAUCUCAUCUGUCUCCUUCCUGAAGAAUAUGGGGGAAAACAUCUCACCAAAAUCCCAACUGAGAAUUUCACUUGCUCAAUAUCACCACGGCCAAGACUGAUCAAGGAGCCUGAAUCCCCCAUUGCUUUAGCUGGAAAGAACCUCACACUGGAAUGCAAGGCAGACUCCCAAUCCAGCUCCCCUAUCAGUGUCCUUUGGAAGAAAGACAAUCGCCCUCUGAAGAGUAGCGAAGGUUUUCUUUUGAAUACAGAGAGGGCUUUGUCCAAUGGAGGACUUGAAGCAACAUCAUUUCUGCAUCUAAGCAACUUGACCCGCAAUCAUUCUGGACAGUAUCAGUGUAUUAUUUCAAAUACCUUUGGGACAACAUAUUCACAAAAAGCCAAGAUCACAGUUUAUGUGUUUCCCUAUUUCACCAAGAAGCCAAUGAACUUGACUGUGCGUGCUGGAACAAAAGAUAAGGCCAAUCUAGUGUGUGCAGCAGACGGCUAUCCCAAGCCAGAGAUUCGAUGGGAUAAAGAAGGUGGAAAGAACUUUCCAUCUGCUAAUGAGAGGAGGCUUUACCAGUUCCAUCAAGAUCAUCAGAUGACCAUCAUGUAUGUCCAGCCAGAAGAUGCUGGAGUCUACACAUGCAAGGCCACAAACGCAGCUGGCACCAUCUCAACUAAUUUCACUCUUACUGUCCUUGAUCAACCAUCCAUUGUUAGGCCAAUGCGAGAUAAAACAACAAAAGUAGGAGACACUGCUGUGUUGGAAUGCAUGGCAAAUGGGUCCCCAACCCCAUCUUUGGCUUGGAAAAAGGAUGACAUUCCUUUGCUACCCCAGACCAGCAAGCGCUAUUUCUUCACCUCCAAUAACCAGCUUCUGAUCAUAGUCGACACACAGAUGUCUGAUGCUGGCAAUUACGAAUGUGAAAUGGUCAACAGUCUUGGGAAAAUCACUGAUAAGGCCUACCUUACUGUUACUGCAGAAGGUGAAAAAAGAGAUAAGAGUACAGCUGUGGUUUCUGGCUCUUGGGACUGGCAAGUGGCUGUGAUUGUGACAGUUAUUGUUGCCGUUGUGGUAUCGGCAUGCUGGCUCAUAGUUGCCUGCCGCCUGCACAAGAGGGCUUAUGAUGACACCCCAUCACAUCCACCAUUGCUCCCUUCUUCGUCCUGCCCUCCUCACAUGUCAUCUGCAUCAUCUGCUAUUUUCAUUCCCUCUCAAAUCCCUUUCAUGGUCCCUGGUUAGUGCAUUCUGGUUCUUAACUAGGAAGUGGAUGCAAAAUGCUCAAUUCUUUCACUGGCAGAUAGAAAUUCAAAUCUUCAACAUCCUCCCGAAGACAUCAUUUGAGGAGGCAUUGGCAUCUCCUGGACACCAGGAGUUGCCAAUCCCAGUGAAAGGGUUAAUAUAUUUCAAGUUGACCGUUGCAGAGGUUCAAAUUGAAUACAAGUGUUUAGAAUCACUAGAAGUUUUACCAUGCAGGCUCUGACACCCUUGUUAAAGACUGGAGAAAAUACAUGGAACAUGACAGAAAAAUAGAACAUACACUGGUAGCAUGGCUAAACAUGUAUAUUCAGCACUUAUUAAAAAAAGGUUCAUUGAAAAGGUGAGGGGGA